GUUGAGUACUCUUUUCUCUUUAUCCGUUACUGUCCUUCUCCGUCUCCAAUUAUAAAACUACUAUCUUCUAUUAUAAUUAAUAAAACCCUCCAAAACCCCUCACUCUCACUCUCUCUCACACUCACACAAUCAAACCAACCAAGAGAGAAAGAAGCAUGGCGACAGAGACAGAGUCAGAGCCAACCGAAUCCUUCAAACCCUACACUCUCGCCAAAACCCUAACUCCCCACAAGCGAGCAAUCUCCGCCGUCAAAUUCUCAUCCGACGGCCGCCUCCUAGCCUCCUCCUCCGCCGACAAAACCCUCCGCAUCUCCGUCGUCAAGUCCUCGUCGGAAUCCUCCGCUCCCACAGUCUCUCUUCUCCAAGAACUCGAAGGCCACGAACAGGGCGUUUCGGACCUAGCCUUCUCCUCCGACUCCAAAUACCUUGUCUCGGCCUCCGACGACAAGACCCUCCGCCUCUGGGACAUCGAAACUGGCUCCCUCAUCAAAACCCUGUCGGGCCACACCAACUAUGCUUUCUGUGUCAACUUUAAUCCUCAGUCCAACAUGAUUGUCUCCGGCUCAUUCGAUGAAACUGUCCGAAUCUGGGAUGUUAAGUCCGCUAAGUGUCUCAAGGUCUUGCCGGCUCACUCUGACCCCGUCACCGCCGUCGAUUUUAACCGCGAUGGGUCGCUCAUUGUUUCAAGUAGUUACGACGGGUUGUGUCGAAUUUGGGACGCUGCGACUGGGCAUUGUAUGAAGACUUUGAUUGACGAUGAGAACCCGCCCGUUUCGUAUGUUAAGUUCUCGCCCAAUGCCAAGUUUCUUCUUGUUGGAACGCUUGAUAAUACUUUGAGGCUUUGGAACUAUGCGACUGGGAAAUUUUUGAAGACUUAUACUGGCCAUGUAAAUUCGAAGUACUGCCUUUCAUCCACAUUUUCUGUAACAAAUGGAAAGUAUAUUGUUAGUGGUUCUGAAGAUAGUUGUCUAUACUUGUGGGAGCUGCAGAGCAGGAAAAUAGUCCAGAAAUUGGAAGGUCAUACCGACACGGUUAUAUCAGUAUCAUGUCACCCCACUGAGAAUAUGAUUGCUUCUGGUGCGCUUGGCAAUGACAAAACUGUGAGGAUUUGGACGCAGGAGAAGGAUUAAUUUUUGGGUCUUGGACAGUCUGUAACAUGAUUGCAUCUGUGGCUCUGGCAAAGAUCUUUGGAGAUCUUUAUGUAUGUGGAUAAACCUCUUGCUUCUCUACAGAGCCAGCCCUGCAUUAUAUUUUUAUCUUGUAGAUUUAUCUAUGUAUUUAAGACCUUUGGGGGGUGUGGUGGUGGUGGUUUUGCUUAAAAACAGAAUAGCCCGCUUUAGAAAGUUUCUAAUUGCUUGAGCACUAAUUUUUCUUAUAAAGGGCUAUUAAAGUUUAGCUACCAUUUGUGA